UGCGUAACAGUCUGUUUUCAGUGGGCGCUAAGCUAUCAUAUAUAUAUAUAUCCUGUAAUUGAAUUUUACUUACAAUUUAAACUGUUACUGGUUAUAACAAUUCGACACACCAUUUCAAAGAAUGGAGAAGAAAAUUUCCGUUAUCGUUUUUAUCUUGCUGAUAGCCGCCCCAGGUUGUUAUGCUUGGAGCUGGGGAGGAGUAUUAACAGGGGCAGUUUGUAUGGUGGCAGCACCUAUUGCCAUACCAGCAGCACUUGGAGCAGUCGGUUUUAGUCUUACAGGAAUAGUGGGAAGCUCCUUAGCGGCCAGUGCCAUGUCAGCGUCCUCACCUGUUGUUACAGGCAGCUUAGUUGCCAUGUCUCAGUCAGUUGGAGCGACAGGCACUAUUGGAUUGGCAACAAAGGCUGUGGCUGCUGGUGUAGGUUACGGCACCUAUUGUGCAACUCAUGAUUGCGAUUAAUUUUGUUUAUUUUUUGUUGUUCUAUGUUUAUUUUUGUGAUUAUUCUAUUAUGUAUAAUCUAACAACUUAUUCAGUUGGAUGUUAAUAGUUUAUACCGAUUCAGUCUGUAUAAAUAAAAAAAAAACUAAAUCCGACUAAUAAAUGAAAACAAAAUAUGAA